GCCGCGCUUUCUGAUGAUGUCAUAACCGCCGCGUCGUUGAGAUGUGGUUUGGGGGUUUAUGCUGAGAAACUUGAGACCCUGUUUGAGGGAUAAAGGUCAGAAAGCUCUAUGGAAGAAUUUAAACAAAACAAUAGUGAGUGACACCUGUUCCAGACAAAGACAGAUCACAUUCUAUUUUGCCAUGAGUGGACAUGAUAAUAUGUUUGGUCCUCUAUAAAAAUGAGUUAAUUGGAUUGUCCCUUUUUGGACUUUUUCUCUUCUGCUUUAAAAUGAUGCGCUACUGGGGAGAGAUCCCAAUGCCCUCUGGUCAGGCCAGCAGAAGUUCCUUUGACCUCUUACAGAGGGAAUUCCGUACGGUGGAGAUGCAGGAGCCUCCUCUGCACCAGCCCUCGGCUAACAAGCCUAGACCCACCACCAUGCUGGACAUCCCAUCAGAGCCCUGCAGCUUAACCAUUCACACCAUUCAGCUGAUUCAGCAUAAUCGCAAAUUGCGCAGCCUUAUAGCGACCGCACAGGCUCCGAACCAGCAGCAGGUGGAAGGUAUCAAGGUGGAGGAGAGUGAACCUCUUCCACACAGGCCCAGCUCUCCUGCCCUUCCCGAGGACCUGCUUCCCCAGGACUGUAAGAUGCCCACUCUUCCAUUCCAGCUGAGACACAGUGACCCAGAGAGUGAUUUCUAUAUAGGGAAAGGGGAACCUGUUACAGAACUCGGUUACCACUCCUGCCGUCAGCUGAUGUAUCAGUCUGUAGCCACUAUCCUUGCACACGCUGGAUUUGAAUGCGCCAAUGAAAGUGUCCUGGAAACACUAACCGAUAUUGCCCACGAGUACUGCCUAAAAUUUACCAAGAUGCUGAGGUUCAAUGUGGAUCGUGAAGCUAGACUAGGCCAGACGCCGUUCCCCGAUGUCAUGGAGCAGGUUUUCCAUGAGAUGGGCCUUGGCAGUGUUUUGUCUCUGCAGAAGUUCUGGCAACAUCGCAUUAAGGAUUACCAUACGUACAUGCUGCAGGUCAGUAAGCAGUUGUCUGAGGAGUAUGAAAAGAUUGUGCACCCUGAACGCGUGUCAGAAGACACCAAACCCGUGAAGAUUAAAGAGGAGCCAGUGACGGACAUAACCUUCCCCAUCAAUGAAGAGCUGGAAGGCGACUUGGCCUCCGGAGACCAGUCCUUGCCGGUGGGAGUCCUAGGGGCGCAGAGUGAGAGAUUUGCAUCCAAUAUGGAGGUUGAUUCCUCGCCUCAACCAUCAGGCUUGCAGAAGUGUUUCCUUCUCCACCAAAAGAACUGUGGCGUUGUCCUUAUUGGAUCCGAGGUGAAUACGUCUCCCCUGUGGAGCCUGGCUCAAGUGAAAAUGGAACCCCAGGAAAACGAUGAAGCAAACGUACACGGACACAGCGUUUUGGGCAAUGAUGUGUUUGAGGAGCCCAUGUCUGGGAUGAGCGAUUCUGCUAUUCCUGGCAGCCCUAAUGGGUCAGAGGGGAGCUAUGGCUCACACUCUCCUGACAGUUUGAUGGGGUCGUCUCCUGUCUUCAAUCAAAGACCCAAGAAAAGGAUGAAAAAGAUGUAAUGAUAAGCUUAUAAUUCUCAUGUGUCUUUUGUAUGUCUCUAGAAAAUGUUCGUUUCUCUGCAAAUACUUUUUCAUAUUUUUGUUCCAGCACAAAUUAAUGAUGUGGGUAAAAGAAAUUUAACAAAAUGAAAAUAGUAUUUGAGAGUAUUAAAGGCUCAACAACGUUACGAAUUGUAAAACUAUUGCUAAACAGCGUGAAAUAUUAAAUAAAUCCAAGUUUGUUAAUAAAAGGCAUCAACAUCUUUGUUUAUAACCUG